AUGUUUUAUGAUCUAAAUCUUCCCUAUCGUGCUCAACAUGAUUUAGUCAAUCAAGAUGAACUUCGCACAAGAAUAGACAUGCUUAUAAAGCUUGGUUACCAUGUUAUAGCAUAUAAUCACGUUGUUACUGGAAAAAUAACUCCUAAUGAGACGAACGUUGUCGACAUUUCUGGUAAAAAAUCGAAGAUCGAACAAUUAACUCGGUUAACAUAUAUUAUUGAAGACAUAAGCCAAAAUCAUGGAUUGAGUUCAACAAAUAGCGUACUUGCAUCAUAUGACAUUCUUGCAGUUCGUCCAACGAACGAAAAAACAUUUACAAAUGCUUGUAAUACACUUGAAAUAGACAUUAUAUCACUUGAAAUGGGAUCACGAUUACCAUUUUAUUUAAAGCAUAGUAUAGUGGGAACGGCUAUCGAACGUGGCAUAUUCUUUGAAAUCUCCUACGCCCCUGCUAUAAGAGAUUCCACAUCUCGUCAUCAUCUAAUAUCGAACGCACAGAAUCUAGUAAGAGUCUCACGUGGAAAAAACAUAAUUAUUACAAGUGAAGCACAAAGGGCGAUGGAAUUACGUGGACCUUAUAACAUUGUAAAUUUAGGUACUAUAAUGGGUAUGAAUCAAGCCACAGCUAAAGAAAGCAUAACAACAAAUUGCAGAGCUGUAGUGAUACAUGCUGCAACACGUCGAGAUACCCAUAAAGCCGUUGUUUCUUUUGAACCAAUUACUUCAUUAAAACCAAACGAGCUAUGGAAAAUUGGGAAAGAUAAAAAAUCACAGGCAAUGGGUAAAUCCAAAAAAGCAAAACGGAUGAGACCUAAUACUGAUGAUGAAGAAUGA